AUGAUCAAUUUAAAUCAAGGCUUCAUGUUAUGUAAACACUCACUGAUAGUACGCCGCAGUUUUCGACAGAAAGAAGAGAGGCGAUCACGGGCGCGGCUUAAUUGGCCACUUUUAUCACUAUCAACUAAUCGAAGUAGAGAGGGUUCGGAGCGCACAGUAACUUCUCCAACAGAGCGCAAAGCCACCGGGGGAGGACCCUCGGCAACUCCCGAAUUGUCUAAGCAUACUGGCCCUACGGAGACCUCCAGUUUUGAAGAGGAUCGCACGCGAGCGCGACUUGUGUUAGACUGCCGGUCGGCGCGGAGAAUAAAACCGCCGCCUAACGUGGCGGCCAACCCACGUAGCAAUGACAUGUAG